AUGCUAGACGGUCUACAGAAGCAUUCAGGAAAGUUACCAGCCAAACACUUCAAAGGAAACUCAGAUUUCGCAGAAACUUACGCAUGCGCCACGUGCGUCGACUCCCGCCCGUUACCGAAGACCGCGGUCGACAUUCGCGUACGGCUUGCAAGCACGGGCACGUGGCACGGAGUACCGGCGCCCGUUAUGACGUUCCGACCUCUCGGUAGGCUCGGAAACCUCAUGGGCGAAUAUGCAUCACUGUACGCCUUGAAGAAUUACAGCGUAACGCGAUUUUUGAUGCCAUCACUCCACGAUAGAGUCAAGGAUGUGUUUAAGAGACUGUCUAUACCUUAUCUGAACAAAUGUAUCAACACAGAAGGAUAUGCCCAAGCCUGUCCUCCUUGCAGCGGCACCCUGUGCAGGAAUGGGAUGAUUUCCAAGAGCAUGGGUAUCCCUGUACCCAGCAUGUUUGAAGACAAAGACUGGAUCUCAAUCGGCGGCGACUUCGGCUGGGUUGAGUACAGCUAUCAGGCGCAGCAACUUGCUGCCGCUGGCUUACUGGGACCUCAUGCUUUUAUAAUGGAAGAUUAUCCUCUAGAAAUAACUUCCUUCGCUGCGUACCGGGAUGAACUUCGUAAAGAAUUUGAAUUUCUUGAUGAAAUUCAGAAAAAGGCCUAUGACCGUCUAGCCUCAGUCGCCUCUAGCGCUACGAUGGAAGAUCCGUCGCAACCUUUGGUCUUCGUGGGUGUUCACGUCAGGCUCACUGAUUACCCGCGCAUCAUGUCUAUAUUAUACUCCGUACACGAUGUCGGCAAAUCGUACGAAGGAUAUCUUCGUCGGGCGUUCAUCUUUUUUACGAAGAGGUUCGACAACGUCGUUUUUGUCGUCACGUCAGAUGACGUCGUCGCCACCACUAAAAUGACGGACAAACUUGCUUUUCCGAACACUUUUUUGUUGCAAGGGUCGGCCUCGGAGGACAUGCAUUUGUUGACCCUCUGCAACCAUACCAUCAUUACGUUCGGGUCAUACGGCUUCUGGGCAGGAUUCCUGGGCCCGGGCUGGACCGCGUAUCCAGACCUGAAUUUUACAGGGGCUCUGUAUAUCUUCUCCAGGCAUUUCUAUGAGGCUGCUUAUCUCGAAGAUUUCGUGCCGAUCUUGUAUAGAUAACGAUAUUAUAAGAUUAAUGGGAUCAUUCAUCUAGUUGUGCCUUCCCAUUAAAGUGACGAUGUAACUUAUAGGAUAAUAAUACCAUUCAACUCGUUGUAUUCAACAGCAACGUAGCUGUGAAUAACAUCAAGAACAAUGAGUAUGUUAUAUCAUUUCAUAUCUGAUGAUUCUAAAAUCAACAAAGAAGAGUAUUAUUCAGGUCAUUGAACACUACAUCAUAAAAUAAUUGGUCAGUGUAACAAUCCUACUUGGAAGCUGCAUAACUUGCAUGGAAAACUUGAAGAAAAAAACAUUAUUUAAUUGGAGUUAAUGUGGAACACACCACCAUAUUAC